AGAAAAGAAAAACGCAUCCCGAGCAGUGCAGCAGCAGCCACCCCUCCUCUGGUGGUGGUGGAUGCCCGCCCUAUAAAUCCUCUCCCCGGCCUCAUCCUCUUCGGCAAGCUCGCAGCACAAACGUUCCUCUCCUGCUCGUCCUCUGUUGCUUGCAGCCCUGCACUUGCCACAGCUCACAACGCAAGCUUAACAGAGGCAGCUGCAGCCUGCAGGAGUCUCAGCACAGCGCCACCGCGCCAGCAAUGGUUUCUGCCGGGGGCCAUGGCGGCGGGCACGGAGGCGACGGCGACGAAGGGCAGGCCGUGGACUUCCGGGGCAACCCGGCGGACAAGUCCCGGACCGGCGGGUGGCUCGGCGCCGGGCUGAUCCUGGGCACGGAGCUGGCGGAGCGCGUGUGCGUGAUGGGCAUCUCGAUGAACCUGGUGACGUACCUCGUCGGCGAGCUGCACCUCUCCAACUCCAGGUCCGCCAACGUCGUCACCAACUUCAUGGGCACGCUCAACCUGCUCGCGCUCGUCGGCGGCUUCCUCGCCGACGCCAAGCUCGGCCGCUACCUCACCAUCGCCAUCUCCGCCACCAUCGCCGCCACCGGCGUGAGCUUGCUGACGGUGGACACGACGGUGCCGAGCAUGCGUCCGCCGCCGUGCGCCGACGCCCGCGGCCCGCGCGGGCACGAGUGCGUCCCGGCCAGCGGCGGGCAGCUGGCGCUGCUGUACGCGGCGCUGUACACGAUCGCGGCGGGGGCCGGGGGGCUCAAGGCGAACGUGUCCGGGUUCGGGUCGGACCAGUUCGACGGGAGCGACCCGCGGGAGGAGCGCGCCAUGGUGUUCUUCUUCAACCGCUUCUACUUCUGCGUCAGCCUGGGGUCGCUGUUCGCGGUGACCGUGCUGGUGUACGUGCAGGACCACGUGGGCCGCGGCUGGGGCUACGGCGUCUCCGCCGCGGCCAUGCUGCUCGCCGUCGCGGUGCUCGUCGCUGGCACGACCAGGUACCGGUACCGCCGGCCGCAGGGCAGCCCGCUGACGGUGAUCGGGCGGGUGCUCGCAGCGGCCUGGAGGAAGCGGCGCCUGCCGCUCCCCGCCGACGCCGCCGAGCUCCACGGGUUCCACGCCGCCAAGGUCGCCCACACUGACAGGCUCAGGUGCCUUGACAAGGCGGCGAUCGUGGAGGCGGACCUGUCCGCCGCGACGGCGGAGAAGGGGCCGGCGGCACCGGCGGUGGCGUCGACGGUGACGGAGGUGGAGGAGGUGAAGAUGGUGGUGAAGCUGCUGCCCAUCUGGUCCACGUGCAUCCUCUUCUGGACGGUCUACUCCCAGAUGACCACCUUCUCCGUGGAGCAGGCCACGCGCAUGGACCGCCGCCUCCGCCCGGGCGCCAGCUCCGGGUUCACCGUCCCGGCGGGGUCCUUCUCCGUGUUCCUCUUCGUCUCCAUCCUGCUCUUCACCUCCCUCAACGAGCGCCUCCUGGUGCCGCUGGCCGCCCGCCUCACGGGCCGCCCGCAGGGGCUCACCUCGCUGCAGCGCGUGGGCGCCGGGCUCGUCCUCUCCGUCGCCGCCAUGGCCGUCGCGGCUCUCGUCGAGCGGAAGCGCCGCGAAGCGUCCGUCGGAGAGGGCCACGUCGCCAUCAGCGCGUUCUGGCUCGUGCCGCAGUUCUUCCUGGUGGGCGCCGGGGAGGCGUUCGCGUACGUGGGGCAGCUGGAGUUCUUCAUCCGCGAGGCGCCCGAGCGGAUGAAGUCCAUGAGCACGGGCCUCUUCCUGGUGACGCUCGCCAUGGGGUUCUUCCUCAGCAGCUUCCUCGUCUUCGCCGUCGACGGCGCCACGCGGGGCGCGUGGAUCCGGAACAACCUGGACCGCGGGAGGCUGGACCUCUUCUACUGGAUGCUGGCCGUGCUCGGCGUCGCCAACUUCGCCGUGUUCCUCGUCUUCGCCAGGCGACACCAGUACAAGCCCAGCGCCGUGCCGGCCGCGGUGGCGCCCGCCGGCAGUCCGGCGGACAGCGCCGGCUCCGGGGAGAAGGAGAUGGACGACUUCGUCGCGGUCAAAGAGGCCGUGGAAGGGGUGGACGUGUAGUAGGACCACGCUGCAUAGGGCAUGCAUGUCAGACUCAGAAGAACUGAGCGGUGUGUACGAGUGGUGGUGUAGUAUGUGCUUUCGCUUUUGGGUAGUGUACGGCAAAUUUUUCUUUCGCUUUUCUCAGCUUGCUGCUUCGGCCUGCCCUCCUGUAAAUAACUAUGGAGACAUACGAAUUGAGGCCAUGUUUUGUUUCGUAUCAA